ACAUUAAUAACCCAUUGCAUUGAGGUCCACUGGCAUAGCAAAUUCCAAAGGACAGCUAUAGGCCAAUGGCAAAUCAAUCAGGUCCAGACCCAACUCUUUAUACCCUUUCCCGUUCUAAGACUGUAGACAGAUGGUCUGCUGACUUUUGCUGAUUUCUGCUGACUUUUGCUGACUUUCUACUGACUUCCUGCUGACCUUUUGCUGAAUGUAACUUUCCAUAUAUACUAGUGUACAUUGGAAUCCGCAUCCAUCAGCUACUUUCAGUUCCCUAUUUCUUAACUGUUCCAGACUUUAUGUUCUAAAUAUAUUUGAAACGAGCAAGUUUAGCAAAGUACAAUUGAAAACUGCAAAAUUAAGCAUAGCACAGACUUUGAUUCAAUGUUUUGUCCAUGAGGCCUGAUUUAGUUCAUCUGGGCCUAAACCUUGCAUAAAAAAACAGCCAAUAUUUUCGUUUUCCACAACGUAAUGACAGCAGAAGCCCCACAAAUGCUCAGUGCUCUAUUAGGCUUUGCAUACUGUCUUUAAUUUUGCAGAUAAAACAGAAUUAAUGUAAUAGUCAAGUGAAAGAGAAAAAAGCAAGUUUAUUAACCUGAGAAAACACUGAAACAAUGGCUGGACAUCAGGACAAAAAAAGAAAGUCUGCCUGAUUAAAUGCAUUUCAAGUGGCUAUAGUGUAUUACAAUGACUUUUUGCUGAUUACAGUGUAAGAUAGACAUGAUGUAAAUUUUGAUGGCUUUUGGGAUUCAUGUCAUUUAUUAUAAGGAAACAUGUUUUUCACAUUUGGAAAUGAAAAUAAAGUUAAUAAAUUAGUUGUAUGCUUCCACCCAAUUACUUGCUUCCAGACUUGAAUUCUAGCAUGAUUUUCAGCUUUACUUUAUGAUAACUAUGAUUUAUCUCAGCAGUUCCCAAACUUUUCUAUACCCCGCACCCCUAGAACGCUUCUGAUAUAUUGUCGCACCCCUUACAAAAGUUUGAAAUAACAGCAAUGAAUUAUGCAUAGACACUAUAAUUUUGAAAUUUCUAAACUCUUGGAAUAUCGUCUUGCACCCCAGGGGGUGUGAGAGUACUCCUGGCUGGGAACCCCUGAUCUAACUGGUUUGGCACUGCAGUGUAUAACUACCGUAGUAUCAAAAUUUAGAUCAGAGCAUCAGUUAUCUGUCUACUAGAGUUACUUAUACAGUGCAUCAAAGGCAUGGAACUGCAAAUCAGUGUAGGGUUUUUUUUAAUAUAAAAUAUGAAGAACAAAGCUCAUGCAUACCUAGUCAACCUAUUAUUUUAAGAACUUGUCUCUACUCAAAUUUUGGAGCUUUUUAAAAAAGAAUUAAUGUAAUUUCACUUUCUGUACUAAAGGGCAAAUUUGACUAUAAAUUGCAUCAUGAAAGUGAUUUUCUCUGUGGGUCAACAGCAGAUUAGACAUUGAACAUCUCCUUUUAUAUUGCUCCUUUCAUUAGGAACUAUAUUUGUAUGGAAUUUAUUUCAUGUCUACUCCUACUACUAUCAUACAUCAUCCAAGAUACUCAGAAAAUUAUUAUAUUUGACUCCUUUUAAUGGAUAAGCAUCCCAAUAUCGUUUAUAAGAGGGUAAAUGUUGUAUUGUUAGAAGCUCUUGAUGUAUUUUAAAUGAACUUUUGUUAUAAAAAUAUUUUAUAAUAAUCUAUAUAACAAAUAUAUCACAACUACCUAAAGAUGCAUGAAAACUGUCCUUGGACAAUAAUAAAGAGGUACUCUAGUUUGAAAAAAAAUGAAGAUAUUUCCACAUCUGUGAAAAUAUUAUGGAAUACAGUUUAUCACUGUUAAUGUCUUACAUUCAAGAGUUAUAAUUGUUUAGAAUUGUUUAACAACUUUUCAAUUUUCAAUUCCAUUGAAAUAAACAAAGAGGUAAUCUGUCUCAGGUAUUUCAGGAUUACAAUUCAAUACAGCAAGAUCCUUGAUUUUAAUUAAUCGCUAGAUUCUGUGACAGUAUGGACACUACUGCAUCCCUUCCUUUUAUACUUGGAAAAAAUCAGUAUUGAUAGUAAAAUCUGUAGCCCAUAUUAACUGUAGUUAUCAAUCUAUUUCUUCUAUAGGGAUUUUGGCAACAUAAAAAUAGCAUCUACAUACAUAUCCAACUGUUUUGAUGAGGAUACACAUUUUGUUAAAUAUAUUUUUCAUUCAUUUGCCUGCCCUCUCCACUGUGCAUGAAAAGAAAUAAGAAAUGAAAAAAGAUGCAGAUAUUGGGCCAACAGUAGUCAGUUAUAUUUUCAGAUAUUCUAGAGAUGGUAAAUAUGGAGUGUCUGAGGACAAAAGGAAAGUUAAAUGACUAUACUUACAUGUACUUGCAUUGUUCCUGAAAGUGUGCUGGACUGUAAUAAUGAAGUUUCUCCAUGAUGGACAGAUUGAUGUGUAUGAGAUGUUGUGUGAACAUCUGAUUCUUCUUAAUGUAUAGUAAUAAUACUUAUUGCUCUUUAUGAGGAGACAUAUCUGGAAACAUAUACACUCAUACGUACAAAAUUCUGUGCAGUCUCUAAUGUCUCCUUUCAUGACAAUUCAAAAUAAACAGGCUAAGUUUGUAAGGUAGUUAUGUGCAUGUAGAGAACCUAAGCUGCAUAUAGGGUGAUUCUUUAGUACCUCACCUGAAACACUGGUUAGUAUACACUAAAUUUUCUAGCAGUAUCCUCUGUAAAAAGUAAAUAUCCGUGCUGUUUUUUAAAAGUUAUUUCUUAUGAUUGUGUAAUAUCAGGAUAUAGGAUAAAUGAAGAUGUACUACUUGCAUUUUAUAUAAUUUCAUAAAAUGUCUGGGAUCAUAAGAGCAUCUUUUCUACAGGAUUGUUAAGUAUUGUAAUAAGGCUGUAUUAUAAUAAGUGUAGUAUUAAUUAAAAUGAACAGGAUAUAAUAUAAGUCCUUCAUUUUGCAGAACUUUUUUCAAAUAUGGUAAUUCCAAAAUAUGAAGUGGCUUAGAGACAGAGUCUCACUUAGGAACCAAGGAUUUUAAUAGUGCAUUGUUCCUGAAAGUGUGCUACUGUAAUAAUGAAGUUGUGAUGUUCCCUAACAAGAAAAAUUUAGCUUGGAGUUUUGAUGUUCAGGGAUACUGUACAUAGAACAAUUAUCAAUUUGCUUUCAAGACGUAUCUCAAUACAUAUAGGCAUAACUUUUCUGAAAUGAUAUUUUGGCAAUUCAUGUAAUAUCAAUACCACCACUUAUUUAGGAACCAGGAAGAUACAAAUCUAUUUCUAUUGUCUGUAAAGUGGUUGGACAUUACAAUCCUGAGGGAGGAAAAUAUGCAGAAAACUCCUGCAGAAAUAAUAAACCUAGCAUGAGCAGUUGCUUGCAUAACAUACUUACCCAUAAUUAAUCGACCCGUUUUCUGGGCUUGUGCAUGAAUUAAAAUAAUCGCCCAGGCUAGGUUCUCACAAUAGAUUACGUAUAACUCUCCUUCUUAACAGCUCGUUAGAACUAAACCUGCCUCCAACUAGUCUAUCCUAGCGAGAAACAUAUGCUGGCCCUGGGGAGAAAGAGUAUCCGAUUGUCUUUUUCCAUCCUGAACUCCACGCAGAGCCGGUUCAGGCGUUUAAUGCAUUACGAAGACCAGUCUUUGGAGGGCUGGACGCACUCAUGUGACGGCUCCGGCAGGCGGGCAGAAACAGCCGCCCCGAAGAGCGACGGCCUACCCGGGCCCGGCAAGCAGCAGCAGCAGCGUUCCCGCUGUUGAGUUUGUCACUGCCGGGCCCGGGCUGGGAGAGGUCUCCCCUCCAUGGGGAGGCCCAGCAGCCCUCCGCAGGCCGAGAUCCGAUCUCCGCUGUGGACGUUGCCGGAGGAACUGCUGCUGCUGAUCUGUUCGUACCUGGACGCGAGGGCCUUGGGCCGCUUGGGCCAGACCUGUCGCCGCCUUUUCCGUUUCACUUCCCGUGAUGUGCUGUGGAGGCGCCUCGCCCGUUUCUCCCUGAACGCAGGCUUCAGCGCGCUGGGCGCCGACCUAGUGGUAGGAAUCCCAGUGAAAGAAAGGGUCAAAGUUUCUCAGAAUUGGAGGCUUGGACGCUGUAGAAGAAUUCCACUCCUCAGAUGGAAACGCAAUUUAAUGCCCUGGAUGCAACUAGAUGGUGAUUACCUCUAUCUAUCCCAAGCAGAAGAUAUCCACCUUUAUUGGCUCCACCCUAAAGAUACCAAUUUGGUAUGGUAUCCUCAGACAGUUUUCUCUGGUCACCAGGAGGAUGUGUGCCGUUUUGUAGUUAAUAAUGGCCAUAUUAUCAGUGGAGGAGGAGAUGGAAAUAUUGCCCUCCAUAAACUUAAUAGUUCUUUCAGUUUUAAGAUCCUUGGGCAUCAACAGGAAGUGAACUGUGUGGAUUGCCAAGAGUCUAUCAUUGUGAGUGGUUCUCGAGACAGAACAGCAAAGGUUUGGUCCUUAUCAUCAGGCAGGGCUGGGCAGUGUCUGCAUACAAUACAGACAGAAGACCGGGUCUGGUCUAUUGCUAUUAGUCCAUUAUCAAGGUAACAAAAAGAACAUUGAAAAAAAUCUCUCUCCAAUAUAUGGAUAUCUCACAUCUAAUGUAAUGUUUUCUAUUCAUAGAGUUGCUUAUCCUACAGUCAGAAGAAGUUUAAAAUUUUGUGUCAUGAUAGAAUCAAUCAUAAAAUUGAUUUAUGACUCAAAAGCUUUAUUUUGUAGAAAAAGAUGAGACUGGUUUGAACGAUAUUUUGGUUGUAUAUAUUUUUUCCCCACUGAACUGAACCCUAAGAUUUGAGAAAUUGAAAGCUUUGAUUUUAUUUUAUUGAUUUAUAAAGUCAAAACUUUUUAUUUCAUUUGAAGUGAGGUAAGAAUAAAACCUUGAAAUAUUUUGAUAUGCAGUAGUUUGUUAAUUUAUGGAGGUUAAAUAAAUGACCAAGCAAUCAGUUCUGCUUCUUACUUGAAACUACAAAAUCAGAGUGCUAUAGAAAUAUAUAUAAGAGUAUUAAGAGAAUUAUAAAUUGUAUUAGAUAAUAGUGGGAUAAGGAAAGGUACAACUCUACUUGUAAUUUUACUUUUUAACAUUAACCCUAAGAAUAACGUUCUAUAAAGGUAUUAUAAUCAUAUAUAUUGAUGCAUAAUUAGAAAUAUUAUAUAUAUAUUCUUUACUAUCUAUAUUAUAUAUAUUUGCAUAUUUAAGCUUAGACU